CCAAGUGCGAGUUCUGAAAAUGGGUAUCAAGAAAACCUCAAACAAACUCUCUCAAACAACAGUUUUGAAGAACAUAGUGAAGAGGUGCUCAAGCUUGAGUAAGAAACAGCACCAACACUGCGAGGACGUCCCAAAAGGGCACUUUGUUGUGUACGUUGGCAUAAACCGUAGUCGAUACAUCAUCCCAAUAUCGUUCUUGUCACAUCCGGAGUUCCGGAGGCUGCUUCAACUAGCCGAAGAUGAGUUCGGGUUCGACCAUGACAUGGGUCUCACCAUUCCUUGUGAAGAACAAGUUUUUCAGUCACUUACUUCCAUGCUUAGAUAGAAAUACAUCACAUACUUCAUACUCGUUUAUAUCGCACAACGAGCAUGGGCAUGUGAUGGGAAGAUCAGGGAUUGAAGUGCCAAUGAUGUGUAAUCUAGAGAGAUAGAAUGCACAGAAAUUCUUUCUAUGAUCUGUACACAUAGAGGUUUU